AUGGUGUCUAAAGCUAACAAGCCAAAAGGAUCUCCAGCCGCCCACCCCAAUCGGAAUCUCCGCCGUCGUAGGAGGACUCCAGUCACCACCGCCACCAAGACAGCGUCCGUAGUAGUUGCCUCCAUUAAUAAAUCGAUCUACACCUGCCACCGCCGUCUCAUAAAGAUCUUCUCCAAGCUCGUCCGUAUCGCCACUCCAAAAGGUAAAUCCUCCGUCAAAAAAGGCUAUCAAGUUCUCAAAAAAUUCUCCAUCUCCACCGACGACCAGAUCGCCACCGUCCGCCGCUCACUCUUCCAAGAGCCAACCGCCUCCCUUCCUCCACCUAAUUCCCCCAAUCAAAAGACGGUGUUCCUCGACCUUGACGAAACCCUAAUCCAUUCCACACCAGCCACCGGCCCAUCACUUCCAGGAAACUACGAUUUCGUAGUCAAGCCGUUGCUCGAUGGGGAAAGAGUUGGCUUCUACGUGCUCAAACGUCCGUUUGUUGACGAAUUCCUUCAAUUCUUAAGCAGAAACAACUUCGAAAUCGUCAUUUUUACGGCGGGAAUAGAGGAAUACGCUUCGUUGGUGCUGGAUAAACUGGAUUGGAGGGGUUUGAUCUCGCACAGAUUGUAUCGGAAUUCAUGUAAAGCAAUGGAGGGGAAGUUCGUAAAGGAUAUAUCAGAUUUAGGGCGAGAUUUGAAACAAGCGGUGAUCGUUGAUGACAACCCAAAUUCAUACGGUUUGCAGCCGGAAAAUGCAAUCCCGAUCAAACCAUUUACGGAUGAUCUUAGAGACGAUGAACUGAAGAAAUUGAUGAGUGGAUUUUUCAGGAGGUGCAAUGAAUUUGAAGAUUUGAGGGAUGCUGUGAAGCAUUGCGUUGGUAACGAUGGAGUCGAGAAUUCAAAAUCUCAGAAACCGAUGGAAGAUGAGAUUCUGGAAAACAGUAAGAAUUUAAAAUUGGAGAAAUGGAUUGAAGAUGAGAUUUUGGAAAACAGUAAGAAUUCAAACUUUCAAACUCUGAUUGAAGUUUGAAUCAUAGAUUUAUUUCCUUGUGAUUUUUUAUCUAAUCGUCAAGCUUUCUUGAAGAAUUUGAUUGCAGAU